ACGGGGAAUAGAAAGUCAACGGAGCAGUGCGAAAGGACGGAGAGGAUAAUGAUCAAUACUUUCACGGUCAAUUAUAUGUAUAAUGCUGUUAACGCGACGGAAGGAAGCCUUAGAAAGGAUCUCGGGCUCGCUGUGAUAUAUCUUCUAUCUAGUGUAACAGAUUAAGGCUCUUCCAGCUCAUUGUUGGCUGUGUUUAUACUCUUCUUUACUUUCUGCAAACAAAGAGCAGUACACAGUUUUCGCUUAAAGAAGGUGCAGCAUCUUUACCUCCGUCAGUCCUAGGCUUUUGUUGUGAUUCGGAGUAUUCGGAAGUUUUCUGUAUUUCGGGGGCGAAACCUAAAGAGCUUCGUCAACAACCGCCAGCGAUAUUUCAUUAGUCAAGAAUGGCGAUGCAGAAGAUGAGAAGACAAGGGCAAGACGUCAUGCAGGUGAAUCUAGCAGGUAUUAGGCGAGAUAUUAUGAAUCUCGCCCAUAAUUACAGCAAUGCCCAGAAAGCUGUACGAAAAGCUACCAGCAAUGAUCCGUGGGGUCCAAGUAGUACACUUAUGGCAGAAAUUGCCGACUUAACAUACAAUGUUGUAGCGUUUACGGAAAUUAUGCAAAUGCUAUGGAAACGAUUGAAUGAUCAUGGGAAAAACUGGCGACAUGUAUACAAAGCCUUAGUUCUCUUAGAAUAUCUUAUCAAGACAGGAAGUGAAAAGGUAGCGCAGCAGUGCAAAGAAAAUAUUUUUGCCAUCCAAACUUUAAAAGAUUUUCAAUACAUGGAUGGGCAUAAAGAUCAAGGGAUUAAUGUUCGAGAAAAAGCAAAACAAUUAGUGGCCUUAUUAAAAGAUGACGAGAGAUUGAGAAAUGAGCGAGCUAGAGCGUUGAAGGCAAAAGAGAGAUUUGCACAGUCGGUUAGUGGUUUUGGAAGUGACGGUCUGGACACAAUGUCACCUGUUAGCAGCGAUUUUCAAGAUUGGGAACCCUGUCACUUAUCCGAAUCAGCAGCCAGACGUACAACGGAAUUGGAAGCCGCAAGACCGCAAACGGUAGGGGAGGAAGAAUUACAACUGCAGCUGGCCUUGGCUAUGUCUAGAGAGGAAGCGGAGCAAGAAGAACAAAGAAGACGCAGCGAUGACGUUAGAUUGCAGUUAGCUCUGAGCCAAAGUCAGCAAGAUUUUAAAACUCCGCAAUCUGAGAAGCAAAGCCACAUGCUGGAUUUACUCGAUGUAAAUUUGGGAGAAGCGAGCGGCUCUUCUGUACAAACCGAUCCUUGGGGUAUUCCGAUAACAGCUCCACCGCCUAGACCACAGGUACAGCCACAGAACGACCCAUGGAGUGUUCCAACAACGAGUACGACAUCACCCGUACCCGCGGUAGACCCGUGGACGCCCGUUCCGCCACAAAGACCAAGAUCCUCAGCUGCCACUAUCGACCCGUGGCGUGCACCUGCCCCAUCUCCCGCUACGGUCGCAUCUCCUCCGCGUACCAAUGACCCUUGGUCACCAGUUCCGUCUACCACUGCUACCGAAUCGGAGACGAACAAACAGACGGCUCAAGAUGGCAUGACGUCCCCGUCGCCAUCCUUCAACAAUUCAAACUUGACGACUAACAUUGGCUUCAAUGUAUCGUCAUCUCAAAAUAUAGGUUUCAAUUUGCCACCCGUAUCUUCGGCCGCUACCACCUUCAGCACUAGCAACGGUUUCAACGGCACGGGGCCGGGCUUCAACAACUUUCCUACUCAGAACAACGGUAACGCCGGCGUGACGAGUCCUCUCAGCGAUUUAGAUGAAUUUGACGUGAUUACCAACAGGGGAAAACUCGGAGCUAGUCCGCAGACGGUGAACAACGGUGGUACGGCAUCAUCGGGAGGAGAUCCCUUCGAUCUGAGUGGCAUGGGUGAAAAUCUUCCCGCCAGCACCGGUGCCGUGAAGAAGACGCCACAAUCCUUCUUAGGAGAGAACUCGGCGCUCGUCAAUUUGGAUAAUCUUGUCAGCGCUUCGGCGAUUAAGCCGUCGGCUCCUGCGCCAGCGGCAACCGUGUCAUAUGCAGCAAAUCCAUUUGCAACUGUGACGCCACCACCACCCCGUCCUACAAUCAAUCAGAUUCGACAGGAUCCAUGGACAGCGAACACAACUACUACGGCUAAUCCGUUCCUCUCGUAGCCUGAUCGAUCAAUUGGAAACUAUGUAAUUACUGCGAAACGUGAUCCGCAGUUCUACAUUGUACUAUUACGGUAUAGAUUUCGGUUAACGGUAAAAGAAAAAAAGAUAUGAUUUUAUAGCAAUUGUGGGCAGGGACAGACGUUGAAUAAGACCAAUAAGAGGGCGGAGGAGACACGUCCCCGUCAAUGGGGAUUUUUAUCGAUAGCUUGAAACAUUACUUUUUUCGACGAAUUAUAUUGCAGCGCACUUACGCUCUUUGUACAAGUCUCCUUUUUUUUUUUAAAUUUUUCUUUUGCAUGUACUACUCGCUUCUUGAAGUUUAUUGUGAAAUAAUCACCCAAAUAAUUAACUGGUAGAAGUGUGGCAUAUUUGUAAUUAAGUGAAUGGUUGAAUGGUUAAAAGGUACACAACAUAAUAAUACAAAUCAUGUUUUAACUUUUGAACGCUUAAGCGAUCCCAAGGGGUACGACUAGAUUUUAUAUACACUCCUUUCUCUAUGCGAUCUGUUUUCUAUGUAUGAAUCACAUAAUUCAGGGAAAGAUUGUGCUCAGCAACACCGCAUCACCGCCGGGGAAGGAUGUAAAGUAACGCUGACAUUGAGAUCAGUUUAUGCGUUUUUGUACACACGUGUUUUCUAUAGUAAAAAAAGGGGGAAAAAAUGAGAUCGUGAGACUGUAAUCAUGAUUUGCAAAAGCAUUACAAUGAAUAGAGUUCCGUUCGCCAUCGUACGCUUAAGAUGUGUCGAUUAUGGUCUGUAAAAAAAAAAAUUCGAUGUUGUGGCUUGCUUUCUAAUACAGGAUCCGCAAUACGGGCAGCUACUGCGUUGCAAAGUAUACACGAAUUUCUUACAUAGCCGUAUAAGGCAGAAACUUGAUCUACACAUAAGAAAUGUACAUAUAUUAAAGCAUAUCGUUCCCCGUUUGUCAAGUGUUCGUAGUGUUAUCAAUGGAUAUACAGAAAGUUUUUUAGUUUUGGAUAUUCGAAAGCCGUGUCAUUGUUCUGCGUUUGUAGAAAAAUUUGCUGAGUUUUUUUUUUCGCCCCUUUUAUUAGAUUUGCUACUCUUGCCUAUAUAAUUCGUACCGCUCUGAUAUUACAUGAUGAUAUUAUUUAUUUCGCGAUAUUUGCUCGUUUAUAAAUAGCAUUGAUGUAAGUUACAAGCGAAAGGUUUUUUUUUUUUUUUAGCACCAUUGAAAUCUGUUGCAUGAUCUCAGCAUCUUUUUCUCCAAAAUGACGACGCAUUUUACAGUUUUAUACAAAGAGAAUACUUCGCCAGUAUACAGCAUUGACAAGGGGGAACUAUAUUCGCCUGUCUCCGAGAUAAAUCAGAAAGUUGCACGAUUCAACAAGCUGUUCCAAUAAGUAAACGUCGAGCAAAUAAUUCCAAUGUAUUAUUUAUCGUUAAAUCUAUAAUUUCUGUUGGCUUUAUGCAAUUUUAACAUUACUUGCUUGUAUGAGUGAAAUUGUAUAUUUAAUAUGUAUUUAUCCAGAUGUUCGCCAGGACAUGAAGUUAAAAAAUGUACGAUACGUGUAGAGAUUUAAUUAUACAAUCAUUGUCUUGAACGGUUUGAAAAUAUAAACGAUUCUACUAGCCAUCGUGCCUGUUGAAUAUAGGAUGACGUUACCACAGCAUCCUGUAUACUUUGGUUUGUUAUGUAGAUCUGCAUCUUUUUUAUACCUGUCUUAUUUAAGUGACUAAAUAUAUACAAAUCAUGAUGUAUACACGGCUUCAUCCCUGUGCGAACAGUGGAAUAUUUUUGUUUAGCUUUUAGAGCUGAUGUAAUUGCAGGAAAAAAAAAGAAUUCAAAGAACAUUUAUAUAAAUAAAUAUUAUAUAUUUUAGUA